GGUGAAUGACGCGGCGUACUUUGACGGUACCGGCUACGCUGAGAUCACCUUUACUGAUGAAUCGGCUCGCAUGCAGCGCUUCGAACAGGAAGUGAAGCUGCUCUCACACAACGGCAUACUGCUCCUGCUGCAGAAUGAGAAUCAGUUCCUGUGUCUGGCGGUGCUAAAGGGCAGACUGAAGGUUUUCUAUGACUUCACUGGUAUUCUGGUGGAAGCUCGAGCCUAAAGAGCCUUCAUCUGAUUUCCUGCAGAUCAGCGACGCCGACUCCAAAGCUCUGGAGAUCAUCAUCCUGCGUUCAACUCCAAACCGUGCUGUGGUGAGGAACAACCGCAUCAGCCUCUACACCCACACGUUCCUAGAGAGCAUCCCCCCAUUCAGCGGCAAAUACUACCUGGGAGGAGUCCCCGAGGACAAGAUGCCUUUGAAGUUGAAGCCUCUGUUCCCUCAGCAGGGCUCUCUGAAGGGCUGCUUCAGGAACGUGAAGGCUCACGGAGGCUCUCACGUCGACCUGAAGAGGAUGAAGAGCUCCGGAGUCAGUUUCGGCUGCGACAGUGACCUGCUGGUGGCUCGUGAGGCUCAUUUCUCCGGUCAGAGCUACCUGGACUUGGCUCUGACCAACGUUCCCAGCCUCAGGAACAACUUCUACGCCAGCUUCAGCUUCAGGACGGAGCAGAAGGAGGGACUCAUGUUCUACCACCAUGAUAAGGAAGGAGUGUGUCACGUGUUUCUGCACGAGGGCCACGUCGUGGUGAGAGCUGGAAACAGUGAGAUUAAGACGCAGAAGACGUACAACGACGGCAACACCCACUACAUCGCGCUCUACAACAACGACAACGGGAUGCGUCUGUACAUGGACGAUGCGAUCGAGAAAGCGAAGGAGAGCAUCCGGCUGGACGGCAGGAGGAGUGCGACGACCGCAGAGGGAAGCACCUUCCUGGGAGGAUUGCCCAACCAAAGCCUCAGCAAUCUCACUGGAUGCAUCAGCAAUGUGUUCAUCAGGAGGGAAACAGGUUUACAGACGGUGUUGAACCUGCUGAAAACCAAAGAAAACGUCAACGUUCCUCUGGACUGUCCCGCUGCCAAAAAACCUCAGCAGAUCGUCGCUGCACAGCCCAAGCACAGCAGUAAACCCAAGGGAAAGCACAAGAAGCCUUCGGGGUCUCGCAGCCGUAACACCAGGGAGUCCUGUCAGGCGGCGCUGUCGGACCAGGAGGUCGGAGCGACGCACUUCAGCGGCUCCACACACAGCUACCAGAGAUACGACUCCCUGCCCAGCUCUCGCAGCUCAAUCCCUCACAUCUCCCUGGCGCUGAGGAUUAACUCCUCGGAUGGUUUGGUGUUGUACGCGACUGGCGGGCAGCGCGGCGCAGCAGUGAUGUCACUCAGCGUGUCAGACGGCCACCUGCUGCUUUUAUUGGACGGAGGAAAGAGGAAGGUCAGCCUGCGCAGCCGCAAGAAGUACAACGACAACCAGUGGCACACGGUGUUUAUAAAGCGCGAAGGAGAGAAGAUCAGUCUGAUCGUGGACGGCAUCAGCGCUCAGUCUAAGAGGAUCCCCGGAGGAGACAGGACUCAUGUCACCGGGCCUUUAUACGUCGGAGGAGUCCCGCCCUCAAUGACGGCUCCGGGCUCCGGUGGUUUCGUCGGUUGUGUCAGGGAGCUGACGCUGAACGAAGCCCCUGCAGGAAACCCCGCUCACAGCCAGGGGACGGUGCCCUGCUUCCAGAACCCCCUCCAGCCCGGAGCGUAUUUCUCUGGCCAGGGAGGACACAUCGCAAUAGAUGAGUCCUUAGUUCUGGCUCGGGAUCUGGAAAUCAUGUUGGAGGUUCGGCCCGUCUUGGACUCUGGGCUGCUGAUGCAUGCUGGGACAUCACCUGACAAACACCUGAGUUUGAUCCUCAGCCAGGGAGAGGUGACUGUUUCAUUAAACAGCGGCAAAGGAGAAUUCUCUACGUCCUUUACUCCUGAGGAGCCUUUAUGUAACGGACGCUGGCACACAAUCAAAGUGGUGAAGAAGAACAACGUCCUGCAGCUCCAUGUUGAUGCAGCCAGCGAGCACAGCGUCGGCCCCAAACAGAGCCGCUCUGCUGGGGACAAAGAGACCGUGUACCUGGGAGGGGUCCCCGAGGGCGUCACAGUUCCUGGUCUACCCGCCGGCCUGCCAGCCUUCCACGGCUGCAUCCGCCAGGCGACGAUCAACCACAGACCUGCCAUGUUGUCCAAACCGCUCGCCGUGUUCGGAGCUGUGGGCAUGCAGGGCUGCCCACACAUGUAAACCCAACACACACACACACACACACACACACGCAGUCUUAUCCUCACAUUCCCCAACUACAAAUUACUGGUGGUGGGUGUCAUGUUACUGUAGCUAAUUUAAAAUAUAUAUAUUAAUAUUUAUUUUCUAUUUUCAGAAAAAUGUAUAUUUUAUAUUUUGCAGUUUGUCGUUGCAAUAUUACUGGUUUGUUUUUGUGCUACAGGGUGCUAUAACAAGUGUCUGCACAGAGAUGCACUGAUACACCAGAAAUCUCUUCUAAAGUGUGAAGUAUAUUGUAAAUAAAGGCAACACAGCUGGCGUUUUCUUUCACAAACAAAUUGUGAAAAAUACAUGAUAUCAAUCAUCCAGAAAAGAAUUGCUGAAUCUGCAUUAUAUUCCAUUUAAGUAAAUGUGUACAGCUCGUGCAUCUCUAGCAGAGAAUGUUAAGAAUACCUACUGAGUCGGUACACUGUGAACACUGAUGUAUGAGCGACGUCCUCAGGCAGCGCAGAUGGGCAAUGUUACCUGUAACUGGGACGAGGACUGAACCUUUGGGAACCUCAGAGUUAAUGAAGUCUCAGUGACGAAGAUACAUUUAACAUCUAACAAAGAGUGAAACACGGCAUCAUUGGCUGUUCCAAUGUAGGUGUAUCAUGUUGCUCGUGUGGCCUUAAUGUUCUUUUCUCCUCUAUAUUAAGGUUUGAGGUUUAAAAAGCAGAAAGUCCUCUUUAAGUUUCGUCUUUGGAACAAGUUGUUAAGUUGACGUAAAGCUACAGUUAUGAGGAAAAGCGUGGAUAUAUAAUGUGCUGUCAAACAUUUAACCAUUUUAAUUUGCAUUAAAAUAAUACUGGCCAAUUUGCAUGCCUGUAUGUUGCAAACAGAAUGUGCGUUUUUAAUCUUGUGGCCAUCCACAAUUAUAUAAAUCACUGACAUGUCAGUCUUUUUUACCUCCUGAAUAAUGUAUUCAAAUUCAGGUACAUCCCUAGUAGGCAGUAUGCAGUACAUACUUAUUGCAUAUGUUGCUAUAUGAUUUCAAACAGUGAAUAUAAAAAUAUAUCCUACAGACUUACAUCAACCUUGGUGCUCAUGCUGCGUUCAUGUCAUGUUGUAAUUACCAGCUUCCAACUUGUGCAUGAUGUUAACAUCCAACUUGUGAGGAGUGUCGUCCUCGAGUCAUGAACAUGUGAUCACUUCCCAUACGACGUGAGAACGUAGCAUAACCUCCCAUGUGUCGGCUCGUGUCCAGGUUGCAGGCAGCGUUUCCCAGCUCUAUUCCGUCAUAAAUGUAAACGUGUACCAAACAUGAGUGUGAAUCUUGUAAGUAAUAUAACCCCUUUUAAAGAAAUAAUUAAAGUCACAGAAUGAAUAAGCUGUCCCUCCCCCUCACUCCUGCCCCCGUGUUGUAAAUGUAUUUUUAAUAAAGUUUCUUUUCAUACAAA